CUCGUGGGCGGCAAACCCCUCACUAUUCUGCACAGCAGCAACCUCCUUUCAUCUCGCAUUGCUCGUGCAACAUGUCUACAUCUCAGUUGUACUGGGCCGUGGGAGCCAUCGCUCUGGCCCUACUGUACCAAUUAUACAGUUACACCCGGCUCUCGUCCCACCACUCACAGAAGCCUUUGAAGAUCAGCCAAAUACUUGUCUACCCUAUCAAGUCGCUUCGGCCCACCCAGUUGACAUCUGCUCUGGCUACCCAAUAUGGCUUUCUGCACGAUCGCGUCUUUAUGCUUCUCAAAGUCACACCUGAUGGACGCGAGAACAUGGCCAUCUCCAAGUUCCCCGAAAUGUCCCGCUUCCUGACUUCCAUGCAUCUCGACGAGUCCGGAAAUGGCUUUGUCAAAGUAACUUUCCAUUUGGUUGGGAAUAGCAACCACCUCCGAACGCUUGAGAUUCCACUCAGUCCUGACGUCGAGAAUUUGCAAGAUAUCGAAAUCAACUUGGAGGGCAGUCCUACAAAGGCUUUGCAAAUGCAAGAUACCGUCAACAAAUGGUUUUCCGAGUGUUUUGGCUACGAGGUAGUGAUGGCCUUCCUAGGCGAUAACAAGCGGGGCACCCGUUUCCAGGAUAUGCUGGCGCCGGCUCCCGCACCGAACACAUGGCUCCCCAGCAUUUUGUUGAAGAAACCUGCCUCGCCACAAUCAAAGUCUCUUACCUUCGCCGAUUGCGCCCCGUACCUUGUCGUUUCUGCGACGUCCCUUGAUGACGUCUCCAGCCGGCUGCCCGACGGGCAAGAGAUGGAUGUCACUAAAUUUCGGCCCAACAUUGUUUUGUCAGGCGCGAGCAAGGCUUGGGAAGAAGAUUACUGGCGCUGUAUCAAGAUUUGGGAUACUGAACUUGUUAUGAUGCACAACUGCGUGAGGUGUAAGAGCAUCAACGUCGAUUACGAAACGGGAGACUUUGGGACCGGAGAUUCGGGACAGGUGUUGAAGAAACUGCAAAAGGACCGAAGGGUAGAUACCGGAGCGAAAUGGAGCCCUGUUUUCGGGAGAUAUAGUUUCUGGAGCUCCAACAACAAGUCUGCCGUCCAGAAGCUUCGAGUCGCAGAUGAGGUCCGGGUUAUAGAAGUGAACGAGCAGCGUACCACUUGGAGUAAGAUGCCCGUAUCCUAGCUAUUUCGCUGUUGAUCUAACAGAAAUAUAGCGUGGCCGGGUUUGAGUUGAUGACAGCGCAUCGUACCACCGCGGAGCCCCGUGUGUAAGACCCGGUAGCUCGGUAACUCAUCAUUUAGGCUUGAAUCACACCGUAACCAAGAAUCGCCGUAGCUACACCUUGAACGAGGCAUGGAAGUCUGUGGUGUUUGUUUUGAACAAAACUAUAAUCCAUAGAAGCUGGCAGCUCGAAUCGGUCGUCACCUGGGGGGCAGGCGUUUUGCACCGUUAGACUAGCAAUGAUUGUAUUCGAUCAGGCUACUUGUAGCCUUCUCUUCCUGUCGACUACUGUCGUAUACCGGACUAGGUAAUUUCCACGUCAGACCGAACAAAGAUUUCAAGAACCGUAUGUACAUAUCUAUAGACAGAUGGAAAAGCUAGACAUGGAAUAUAAUACAAGCAUGAGAAAAUGAUCAGUCAUGAGAACCAAUCCUUCUAUGCUCUCUCCAGCCUAACAUCAAGUGCAACAGAGUGGCAUAUGUGGAAGCCAUAUAUCUUCCAAACUCUCAUUCUCAGUCUCGCUAUAGACAACGUCUGAUCAUCACUUUACUCAUCUAUACUGCACAUCGUAAGCCCAACGAGGUUUUACACAUCCUUCCCCCACCUUUUCCCAAACACCUCAACAAACAACCAUAUUCCUUUCCCUGUCUCCACCCAGCCCCGUCUCAACCUCCCUCGUAAACUUCACCCCACCCUCCCCAACAACAGCAAGCGCCACAUACCCCGGUGUGCGAUUCCUCGCCUCCCCACCCGUAGGCCCGGCCGUCCCGCUCUCGCCAACCGUCCACGUCGA